UAAUGAACCUGUGCGUCUUUUUUUCUUCGGAAGACUCACGAAACCUCGAAUAAACAGAGAAAUUGUCUGUCGAAGAUCAAUUGCCCCUCCGAAAAUCUGAAUCAGAGUUAUAACAUCGUGAUGGGUGCUCCUAAGCAUAAAUGGAGUCGAGAAGAAGAGUCAGCUCUAAGAUCUGCCGUUGCCAAGCACGGCCCUGGUAGAUGGCGCACCAUCCUCAAAGACCCUGACUUUAGUCAAGUCUUGUUCCUUCGUUCCAAUGUAGAUCUCAAGGAUAAAUGGAGAAACAUUUGCUCUUCUGCACUGCAAGUUUCUUCUCCAAGGACACCUAAUUGGCUGGAUAGCCUUAUAACGGAAGCAAUAUGUACCAUGAAACAGCCUGGUGGUUCUAGCAAAACAGCAAUUGGUAACUACAUCCAGGAACGAUAUGAGGUACCUCCGAACUUCAAACAGUUGCUGUCUUCCAAGCUAAAGUACUUGUCUGCUUUUGGUACUGGCAAGCUUAUCAAGGUUAAACGCAAGUAUAGAAUUCCAAACUCCACUGCCUUGUCUUCCCACAAGAAGAGACAUUUGGGGACAUUGUCUGAUAAAAAGAGAGUUCAGAAUGAUGAAGUGAGUGUUCAGAGACAGUCAGAGGUUGAUGCAGAGUUAGCCAAAGUGACGAUUGUGAACAUACAUGAGGCGGCUGCAGUUGCAGCACAGGCAGUUGCGGAGGCAGAAGCUGCUAUGGUAGAGGCUGACGAAGCUGCAAAGCAAGCAGAGAUUGCAGAAGCCGAAGCCGAAGCAGCUCAAGUAUUCGCUGAAGAAGUUUCAAAGUCCCUGAAAGGAAUAAAACAACUGCAAUGUGCAGAUGAUCCUUUGCUUGAGGUGACUGAGAGAAGAGGAAGAAGCUAAAUGUGUUGCAGGUGAUUUGAGAGAGAGAGAGAGAAGCGUUAGGAGUAGUGUUUGUCUGUUGAUUACUUUUGUCUACUUGUUCCUUUAUUUAAGUUUUAUAUCCUUUUGUUUAGAUUCGUGAACUUAGAAAAUUUUUAGUGAAGUUUUCGGACUUUCUAUGUACA